ACGAGAUUUGCUCCGUCGCUUUACGCACAUGUUUUCCAAACCUCGUGGUGGCUCGAUCGGGCUUGCCGCUUAAAUUACUUCGAUUAAAGAAUCCUUAUCGUCAAAGAAGGUGAUCGGUAUACAUUUGCGACUCCGUGUUGUACGACUUUAAUAAUAUUGCACGUUCAGCGUCGACCACCGACGUUUUCAACUGAACUCCAACUAGGCCGCGGUGAAUCAUCGGUCUCGCCUGGAUUCUCUGCUGGUUGAGCCACAAGUUGCAAAGCCAUGGAGGAAGAUUUCCCCCGAGGAGGUGUCCAGCCCAAGGAACGAGUGGCCGCACGUGCCAUCGACAAGCCUGCUGCUCACAGCGAUAACCUCUUCGGCCAACAAGAGUUGGAAAUUGAGGGCAAAAAGCGGCGAGCCAAGGAUGAGGGAGAAAAAGUCAAGAAAAUGAAGUUUGAACAAGAGGCCAUCAGCACUAAACACGCAGUAUUAAAGCCCAACAAAGUCCAGUUCAUCGACAUUCUUAAAUUGAAGAUGGUAAACCCAGACAUGCUUGUCCUGGGCUGCGUCAAGGUCUCUCUGGACCAUGAGCUGGAGGUGGGGUUGCCAGGUUGCCUCACUGGCAAUGUCCAGAUCGCGCACGUGUGCGAUGCCUACACUAAGAGCUUGGGUGACAACAUGGAUUCAAACCUGGAGUCAGAGACGAUCGCUCCUCUGAGUGAGCUGUACCCACCAGGGACUCUGGUUCCUUGCCGAGUCAUGGAGGUUGUGCAGGGCAAAGGCAACUGGUGCAGGAUUAAUCUCUCGGUCAACCCUCGUGAUGUCAACAAGGAACUCAGUGCCUCCGCUCUCAGGCCAGGCAUGCUACUCCAUGGCUGUGUGGCCAGCUUAGAGGAUCAUGGGUACGUGGUGGACAUUGGCGUGUAUGGCACCCAGGCUUUUCUCAGCAAGGCUAAGGCCCAAGCAUUGGUGAACUCGAAGAAAGCGGGUCAAAACCUGUCGGUGGGCCAGCCUGUGUGGUGCAUCGUUGAGACUGUUCGAAGCCAAGGCCAUUCGGUUCAGCUCUCGGCCAGCCCUACCAAACUGAGUGCAGCCAUCGCCAACGAGAAGCAUGGCUGGACACUCGACAACCUCCUGCCUGGCGUGAUUCUGUCGGGCACCAUUGAAAGGGUGGAGCACGAUGGGUUGGUGGUGGAGUUCCUGGGUUUGUUUGAAGGCAGCGUGGAUUCUUUGCAUCUCAGCCCACAAGAGCGUUACAAGAAGGGCCAGAAGGUGAAGGUGUGCGUUCUGCACGUGAUGCCCUCUUCCAAGCUGAUUGGGCUCAGCACCCUGCCAGCGCUGCUGCAGCCGGGAAAACCAGUGUCGGACCCGAUCGGUUUCACCAUCGGUGACGUGUUUGAGGACUGUGCUAUCUCCAGGUUCCUCACGGGUUCAGGCAUCUUAUUGGUGCUGCCCAACGGAUCUUCUGCCUUCGUUCAUGUGAAACAGAUUUCCGACAAGGAACGGCAGUUUCUAAGCGAAGACUCGAAGCACAAAUGCCGCGUCAUAGGCUUCAGCCACGUGGAUCAAGCGGCAAUCGCUUCCCUUCGGCAGAGUGUAAUCGAAGGUCCUUUUAUGCGCUACAGCGAUCUUGAGCUCGGGCAGACCGUGGAGGGCACGGUGCUGGCGGUGGGCAAAUUCGGCCUGCAGGUUCGCCUGACGGAUCACGUGCGCGGCUUCGUGCCACUCGCCCACCUCGCGGACGUUGCUGUGCUCCACCCAGAGAAGAAGUUCAGCCCCGGCAACGAGGUCACCUGCAAGGUGCUGAACUGCUGUGCGGAGAAGCACAAGCUGAUGCUGACGCACAAGCGGGCGCUGGUGCGCUCCAAGCUCCGCCCGCUCGUCUCCUUCGAGAGCGCCGUGCCCGGCACGGUGGCUCACGGCACUGUGGUGUGCGUGCGUGACUUCGGCUGCAUCGUGCGCUUUUACGGCGACGUCAAGGCCCUGGCGCGGCGCUCCGACCUGGGCCUCGACUUUGGCACCGACCCCACGCAGGCGUUCUACACCGGGCAGGUGGUGAAGGCUAUGGUCUUAAAUUCUUCUCCAGCCGAGGAGAGAAUGUUGGUUUCUCUGUCGGGGACGGUGAGUGGGAAGGAGACGCAGGAUGCUGGGGGCCCCGUUCAGCAAACAAGCUUCGCCGUCGAAGUGGGCAAGUGCGUGGACGUGCAGGUGCGUUGCAAGUCGGAGAAGGGGCUGGACGUGACUGUCAUGGAUUCAGGAGCGCUGGGCUUCAUGCCCAUGAUGCACCUCUCCGACAACGUGCACGUGUGCCGACUGCUGCUGGAACUUGUGGAGCCAGGCGACGUGAUGAGCGCCACGUGUUUCAGCGAGCGCAAUGGCAAAAUUCUACUGACAAAGAAGCACGCUCUGCAGGUGGCGCUGUCCGGGAGCAAUGUGCCAAAGACACUCGGCGACUUACAAGCUGGUAUGCUGCUAGUUGGUGUGACGAGGAGAAUGCUGCCGUACGGCGUGUCGGUGGAGUUCCCCUACGCCCUCAGGGGAAUGGCGUUCAAGACCGCGCUCUCCGACGAGUACGUGGUGAGCUGCGAGGAGUUCUACUCGGUCGGGCAGACGGUGCUGGCGGCUGUGACCCGCGUGGACGAGGAGAAGAGCCACCUGGACAUCUCUCUCCGAGUCUCCGAAUGCCUGGCCGACGCUGCGCUCGAGGGGACCGCGCUGCUCAGCCAGGCCCUGCAGGAGGUCGUCCAGGCUCGAGCCUUGCUCGCCAGCAAAGGCCGCGAGUUUCCCAAGCCGGGGCAGAUGUUGAAGGCGACGGUGGAGGAGGUUUCCGCCGAUAAGUCCGUGGUGUUCAAAUCGGAGAGCGCACCAGGCGUCUCGCUGAAGGCAACGGAACACCACGUGGAAGGCCAGCAGUUGACCGUGGGGCAGGAGGUGUCCGCCCGGGUGCUGUUUGUGGACUUUCUCGCCUCCACGGUGCACGUCAGCCUGAAGUCCGAGCUGUUGCCCAAGCGAAAGAAAAAAAAGCAAAAACAGCUGUGCGAAGGCUACGUUUACUUUGCCACGGUGCAAUUCAUCGGCAGCGACCUGGCCGUCGCGUCGGUGGAAGAAAACUCUCACCUGAUUUUCCUGCCCCUGGCCAACCACCUGAACGAGAUGCUGCGCCCCAACUUGGGCUGGCUGAGGGUGGGGGAGAAGCUCAAGGUCGUGGUGAAGUGCGCCGACCCCGAGGAACACGACGGUGUCCUGGUAGCCGCGCCGGACUCCGGCCACUUGGGCAACAGCGCUUUCAGGACGAGAGCUCGGAUGGCGUCUGUGAGUGAAGAGGGCGGCGAAGUGACCGACGGAGCGGACGCGGUGAAGGGUCGGGCGCUGCGACUCGGCGAUGUCUACAAGGGCACGGUGAAGUCGUCGCGGGGCAUGCGCGCCAUGGUCACCCUGCCCGGCGGAAUCGUGGGCCGCGUGCACGUGUCGGAGAUCCGGGACGAGGCAACGACCGGACAGAAGCCAACGAUGUCGCUCAAGGCCGGAGAGACGGUUGCCGUCAAAGUGAUUGGUGGCCAGGAGAUCAAGACGCACAAAUAUUUACCCAUCACGCAUCAGAAUUUAGUAAUACAUUUGCCAGAGCUCACAAUGAGACCCAGUAAACUGAACAGUAAUAACAAGGAAGACUACUGCAUCCGAUCAGCCAAGGAGUGCCUUGAGUCCUACCAACCCGGACAGACUAUCACCUGCUUUGUCAACAAGUACCAGGAGGAUCGGAAAGCCUUGUGGGUGGACGUGAAUGCCGUGGUCAGUGGACGUGUGGAGCAACUCCUCAUUAGCAACAAGCCGAAGGUGUUGGAUAAUCCUCUGCAGAAGUUUCGCGUGGGAUGCGCCGUGCAGGCCACCGUGGUUACUUGCAAGGUGGAGCAGGAGUUGCUCAGUCUCUCACUCUCUGGUGUGUACGAGCUGUCGCCUGGCACUUUGACGCUGGGACGCGUCAAGUGCAUUCAGCCGGGCAUCGGCCUGCUGCUGUCGCUACCGCUGGGCCACACGGGCAGGGUCUCGCUCACGGAGCUGAACGACUCCUUCGUGCAGAAGCCCCUGGCCGCCUUCGAGGAGGGACAGAUUGUGCCGUGCUGUGUGCUGGAGAACGGAGGCAAGAUGCGAGUCAUGCUCUCGCUGCGCGAUUCCAGGGUGAAACCGCCGACGGGCGAUGAAGAGGCAGUGGUGAAGGACAAGGAGCUGUCAUCUGUGGAGGACCUCACGGUGGGCUCUGUGAUCCGUGGCUACGUCCACACUAUUGUCAACAACCAAGUCUUGGUCAACUUGUCGUGGUGCGUGAUGGGCCGGAUCUCACUCCGCAACCUGUCCAAGUACUUUGUAAGUGACUCUUCACUCAUGGAGAGGCACAUUCACAAGGGCGGGCUCAUCUCUGUGAAAGUGCUCAGCGUCGACGCGGAGACCAAGAGGGUGGAGCUGUCUUCCCUGCCGAACGACACGGGAGGCAAGGACUUGUUCCCGGGCUCGAUAGGGCUGAGGCUGUGGCGGAAGAAUGACGACAAAGACAAGACUCGCAAGAGGAAGGCGGAGGCGGAUACCGCCGAGCCGGUCCCUGAGGAAAAGAAGAAGAAAAAGAGGAAAACAGAAACGGAGAAAGCGGAGGAGUGCACGGACAGCGGCGUUGAGAUUUACUUCCGAGAGGGCGGGGAUGACAGUGAAACCGAGAAGAAGGGCAGCGCAAAGGCGGAGCGCGGCGCAGCCUCCCUCGAGCGGCUGCAGGUGCCGGGCUCAUUCAGCUGGGACGCCUCUCUCGCCUCCCUGCAAACGGGCAUUCUGGGAGCUCGCAACGGGGGAGGCGGCAUUGACACCAGCGGCGACGAGGAUGACGCCGACACAGCGGGCCAGCAGAAGAAGAAGCAGCGGAAGAACAGGCAAGAGGCCUUCGCCGAGCGCAAGCGCGAGGAGAAGGAGCUGGCGCAGCUGGAGGCGCGGCUGGCUGACCCGUCGCGCGUGCCGCAGUCAGUCGACGACUUUGACCGCCUGGUGCUGAGCUCACCCAACAGCUCGCUCGUAUGGCUGCAGUACAUGGCGUUCCACCUGCAGGCCACCGAGGUGGACAGGGCCCGCGCCGUGGCGGAGCGAGCGCUCAAGACCAUCUCCUUCAGAGAGGAGCAGGAGAAGCUGAAUGUGUGGGUGGCACUGCUGAACCUGGAGAAUCUGUACGGAGACGAGGCUUCGCUGAUGCGCGCGUUCGAGCGUGCCGUGCAGCACAACGACGCGCUCAAGGCGUUCCAGCACCUCGCGCAGAUCUACAUCGGCUCGGACAAGUUCCAGCAAGCGGACGUUCUCUACAACAAGAUGCUGCGCCGGUUCCGGCAGGAGAAAGCCGUGUGGCUGGCCUAUGGAAGCUUCCUGGUUCAGCGCGGACAGACGGACUCGGCCCGCCGCCUCAUGCAGCGCGCGCUCAAGAGCCUGCCCGAACGAGAACACGUGGACGUGAUCGUGAAGUUCGCGCAGCUCGAUUUCCGCUCGGGUGACGUGGAGCACGGAGUGGCCGUGUUUGAGAGCACGCUGAGCAGCUACCCGAAGCGCACGGACAUCUGGUCCAUCUACAUUGACAUGCUGGCCAAGCAUGGCACCGCACAGCAGAUCCGGGCCGUGUUCGAACGCGUCGUCCACAUGAACUUCUCGCCCAAGCGGAUGAAGUUCUUCUUCAAACGCUACUUGGACUACGAGCGCAAGCACGGCGAUGCCGCGUCUGUGCAGCGCGUUCGGCAAAAGGCCCUGGAGUACGUGGAGGAGAAGAGCAGCGUCGGGGCGAAGCAGUAGCCUCCCCUCCCCCGUUGCCGUGUUGGGGGCGGGGGGUGUGCGGAGAAGGUCACGCAACUUUCUUUUUUUUUACGUAAAUUAUAGCAUGACGAGCAUAUCUGUGCCAGCUCGUGCUGAUUUGCCUUGGAGAAGGGGUGGGGGCAGUAUGACAUGGGGUUAACUCGGAUAAGGUUGCGAUAUAAAAGUCAUUUAUAUAUAUAAUUACAAGGAUGACCGUGUCAAAUACGUUACAAGAAGUAACGCUUUCAAAGGCCGUUCCGAAAGAUUUCCCCGCAGCGAAUUUUCCAGAGCAGUGUUCACAUUGUCGUCAUGUAAUAUACGGUGUGUGUUGGUACCUUGCUGGUUUGUGGGUUCAUAAAGAGAUCUAAAUAAAAGGCGAUUUUUUUUCCCGAACACGAAGCCCUGUGUGCUGUUUAGAUAUGGAACAACGCGAGUCGGACAGCAGGAGCUCUGAUCUUGCGCAGAUUAAAAGGCCAUUGUGGGUAAUAAACAUUUAUUAUUUUGGCUUGUAUUAAUAUGAGUGUUACUUAACAGGCAUUACUUUUUUUUUUUCUUCUUGGUUUUUUCGGUAAAGUCACGUAGAAGGGAAGUAAUAAAAUAAUAAAAAUAAAACAAUAAAACAAUUCUCACGACGUUUCAGCCACAGCGCAAGCAACCGUCCUCAGGUGAAAACCAGGUCCGUCGAGGCGACAGAGCCUUCUUAUCCCGGAGCUUUUAAGCUCCGGGAUAAGAAGGCUCAGAAGGCUCAGCUAAUCGAGUCUCUCACCUUUCUGAAGAGAUGCCGCGACUCUAAGACUCUGAUCAGCGUGGUUGGCUACAUACGGUGCGAAAGAAGUUCAUCACACAUACUUGAAGGGUUGUUUUCCCAUACUUUACCUUUUCUGGUCAGUUUGAUUUUGUGAAAUGGCAAGAUAAUAUAGGGUGAACUCAUCCAUCAAUCAGUGAUGUAAGCUACGACUGGGAAUUUAACUCGGGGUGCCGGGAAUCAUAGUGCAGUGCACAAACCACUGCAACUGCACUUCCCUCUAUUCUUGUAAACUUAUCUGCCAGUUUUAAUAAUUAAGAUUUUAAAAAGUGUACAAAUUAACCUGUACAACUGUUCCACUUGCCCGCAGUUGUCCUUCCCCAACACCGAUUUGUCUGUCCUCCACACCUCUAAUUAGCACGAUUGGCAAGGUACGGUGUGAAAGAAGUUCAACACGCAAUGCUAUGGGAACCUCAUUUGCCAGUAAAAUAUGAUAAUUGGUUUUUUACCCUUCUAUCUGGCAACAAAACUGACACCUUUUUACAAGGAGUCAUGUUUGCAUAGACCGCAAUACCUGCAGUCAUAAUACAAACAAAAAACACAACUCUGAUAAUGUGCACUGUCCUUGAAGUUGAUUGGUCCACACCCGAGACAGCUUUCCUUAGAGUCUAGUCUCAAGGACAGUGCACAUUAUCAGAGUUAUGUUCUUUUGUUUGUAUUAUGACUGCAGGUAUUGCGGUCUAUGCAAACAUGACUCCUUGUAAAAAGGUGUCAGUUUUGUUGCCAGAUAGAAGGGUAAAAAACCAAUUAGCACACGCAAAGCUUUCAUGAAUUCGGAAUCUUGUGCUCCAGUGGUGUGACUGGUUUGGUGUUUCUCCUCUCGCCAGCAUGGCAAUGUGUUCAUCGCCAUGGUGCUUUGCGAAAACUGAGAAUUACCAAAGGCUGUAAUUAUUAACGCGCGGAAUUUACCCAUUGUGGCGAGUGUUGCAAUGCUAGUGUCAUCAGGUCACCAAGCUUGGCUCGCUUAUGCAACUGCUUACGGUUCGGCUUGUUACCUCUUUAAUCGGCAUUAACAGUGCUGUGUUUAUAAAAUCGGUUACAAAAUGUCCUGCCAUUGUUGCUGGGAUCUUAAAUAGGCCUGCUGAUUGCUUUUAAUAGCGGGAUGUCAUUCAUUCUUAAAUCUUUUUUUAAAUGUUCAGAUUUAAGCCAAAGCGCACAGCUGAUAUGAUGUAAGGCUUCGGGGCAACUUGCUACGUGCAGCAGCAUCUUAUAGAGAACCUUUUGCCUAAUGCCACGAUAUUGGACAAGGCUUCACUUGGUGUGAAGUUGUAAUUGCAAAUAAGUGCCUGGGAAUAGUGUCAUUUUAGUGCAUUGCAGCUAAUUAUGAAACCCGCUGCUCUGUUUGAACACGAUUAGGUCGUUCGAUGAAUCUCCGUGGCUGUAGAUUUCCACUCAGUCGGGGCGGUUUCUCGGCUGUAUCAUUUUGCUGCACCCCCCCCCCCCCCCCCACAGCCUCACUGUCGUGUUGUUGAGAUGUCGUUGGCCAGAAGUGCCGACCAAUUACGUUGGAAAAUGUUGAAAAAUGCUCAUCAUGUUGAAGCGUAAUUCCCUUUAAGUUGUAUGCAUAAACAUAAAUUAACGUUUGUAAAUUCCUCAAUUGUGGUUCUUAGUCACAUUAAAGGAUGUUAUUUGUAAACAAC